UCCAUACCUCACUAUGUCUAAAAGCAAAUUUUAUUUAACUUUUCUAACCAGUUUUUCUUUUUCAGAUUCAUCUUCGGAAAGAGCGUUUAUGUUUAAGCCCGGUUCCUGCUCUAAAGGAGUUUGUUCUCCAGAAGCUGCUUGCGUAUCAUACGAAAACAACACCUUUAUUUGUUUAUGUACCCACGAUUCCCACCCGCCCACAAUCGAUGGACGUUGUCCGACCAGGAACGUAGUGCCCCUUCAUUCUGGACGAAGAAUUAUUGGAGUACGUCCACCUGUUGAUAAUGGCACGGCGAUUAAGAAUAAAACAGCAUUAGCUAACCUUAAUUCAACAACUUCUGGUGCAAAAGUAUUUGGACAACCAGUAAUUAAUGAUCCAAGCACGUUCGCACAACAAAGUUAUCUAUUGGUUUCAUUACUUGGAACUUGCAUAGUUUUGUUUAUCAUCGUACUAUUUUGUUGUGUAAUUUAUAAAAGAAAAAGUAUGAAAUCCAACGCGCCGUCGAUUAGAGUGUUAAAAACAAAUCCUUUGAUGGCCGAUAGAUACGCGCCAAAUCCUCAAUAUUCUACAUGCCCAAGUACGGCGGCACCAAUUUUGAAAAGAGAAAACUUGAUGUUUUUGAAUGAAAUUGGAGAGGGAUGUUUUGGAAAAGUUUAUAAAGGUGAAUUACAAACUGGAUCUAAUCAAGCAGAAAUCGUCGCCAUAAAAGUUUUAAAAGAAACAGCAUCCAGAGAAGCCGAAGAAGAUUUCUUACGAGAAGUAGACAUAAUGAGCGCUUUUAGACAUACAAAUAUUUUGUCUCUCCUUGGUGUAGUACUAAGAGAAAAUUCAGUAAGUCCCAUGAUGGUUUUUGAAUACAUGCCACACGGAGAUUUGGCAGAAGUUUUAAGAGCCCAAAAAAGACAAAGAAUCGAAGAUGAAUGCAAACCAAUUUUAACCACCAAACAACUUCUGUCCAUCGCUUUACAAAUAUCAGCAGGAAUGAGAUAUUUAGCCGCCCAAAGAUUCGUCCACCGAGAUUUGGCCUGCAGAAAUUGUUUAGUUGCCGAUGGACCUAUUGUUAAAAUUGCAGACUUUGGAAUGAGCAGAGAUGUUUAUACAUGCGAUUAUUACAAAAUUGGUGGAUCAAGACUUCUUCCUGUUAGAUGGAUGUCUCCUGAAUCAAUAAUCUACGGUAGAUUCACGUUAGAAUCGGAUAUUUGGUCGUAUGGAGUUGUUUUAUGGGAAAUUUAUAGUUUCGGUAAACAACCGUAUUAUGGUCAUACAAACGAAGAAGUUGUCAACCUUAUAUUACAAGGAAUCAUGUUGAUCCCGCCCGAAGAUAUUCCACAGGUUAUUUGCGAAUUAAUGCAAAUGUGUUGGAAAACUCAAGCGAAGGAUAGGAUCCGUUUCAGUGAUAUUUACACGAAAUUGGAAAAAGCUUAUGACUCCCACGAAGAUUUUGAAAACGAAAAAUUGAUUAAUAGUUUAAAAAGGCUACCAAGACCUCCACCUAUUCCACUUACUCCUUGUUUGGAUUUGUUGGAUAAACAAGGAUAUUUGUUACCAAAUUCGAAGGAUGUUGCACCAUAUUUAGAAACAUUGCCUGUUUAAAACAAAUAUUCAAAAUGAAAUUAUUUAAAGCAGGGUAAGAAGAUCCAUCCAAUUUCUAGGAAAAAAGUUUUUAAAUAAUUUUUGUGAUUUUUUUUAAUCGUGCACAUUUAAAAGUAUUCAAAGAAGACAAUCAGUGCCUUAAUUAUUUAUUUUAUUUUAGAAUAAGCAUUUAUAGAUUAAGAAAUUUUAUGAAUCUGUGCCAUAAUUAUUACAACCAUUGUAAAUAAGUUGUACUUUUCUCAUUAGAUAUGUGUAAAACUAAAUAAUAAAGAUUUAUUGUCGAACUAAUCA